CUUUAUCGGCUCCAGCCUAUAUAUAAGUGCUAAGCAAUUUCUCGCAAGUCCCUAGUGUUAGUGGGGCCGCGCCGGGAGUUAGUAACACUGCCAAAUGUGAACACUCCUGGAGAGUGUUGGUGAUUGAGGUUCAACGAUGCUGACGAGGACGAUGAUAAUAGCGCCGUUAUGGGCGUUGUCAUCAGUAUUAUUUUUAACGGACUUCUGUGCGGGUGCUGACAUUAUUACGGACAUCGCUGACGACAAGUGUAGAAGCCUGACCUCGUGCUCCUCCUGCCUCGACAAGCCCGACUGCACCUGGUGCGUCACCAAGAGUCUGUGCACCAAAAACCACUGCGGCAACGACAACAUCAUCUUCCCCAAAAACGUCGAAGCCCUCAUGUCGGGCAAAACUUUCUGCCCCCGUGUCGUCGAAUCGAACCCAGAUUUAACGUUCAAAAGCGGGAAGAAAGACAUAAUAUCGGUGAAGAUAACUCAGAUAUACCUCUACAUGGCUUUCACUCCGUGGAAAUGUAAAAUAAAUUUAAACGGAAAAGAGACAAUACAUCCCGCCGUGCUGAUAGCGGAUUCUGUGUAUUGUGAAUCGCUGGAAUUGAGGAACGAAUCGGAAAAUCCUUUCACCGAAGGCAGCGUUACCGUGUUGUGGGAUUACAAUAAGGCUUUUGAUGGAUCGCAGCGGUUUAAAGUUUGCCGAUGCGAUCUGCAGCCCACAUGUGUCGCUUGUAAAUAAUUUGUUGACUAAAUAUUUUAUAUAAAUAUUUAUUGUAA